CGCCGCCUUGCGCGCAUGCGCAGUAGGCAAAGCACCACACGCCCCGAGCCAGGCGCGACAGAGCCAGGCGGGGAGUCGCGGCCGGCGUCGCCUUUUCCUUCUCCGUCUGAGGGGACCGAGCCCUUUCUGGGGCUCAAGAAAAGGCCCCGCGCCCGAGGAUGGUGUUCGAGUCGGUGGUGGUGGACGUCCUGAACCGCUUCCUGGGCGACUAUGUGGUGAACCUGGACUCCUCCCAGCUCAAGCUCGGCAUCUGGGGAGGAGCUGUAGCAUUUACACAUCUUGAAAUAAAAGAAAAUGCACUGUAUCAAUUUGAUGUACCAUUUAAAGUUAAAGCAGGACAUAUUGGUCAGCUGAAUUUGAAGAUUCCAUGGACAAAUCUUUACACACAGCCAGUUGAAGCUGUGCUAGAUGAAAUUUUUUUGCUUAUUGUGCCUACAGCGAGUAUUAAAUAUGAUGCUGAAAAAGAAGAAAAACAACAAUGGGAAGCAAAACAGAGGGAACUGCAAAGAAUAGAAGAUGCAAAACAGAAGAUUGCUGAUCAAGAUAAUCCACAAGAGGAGAAGCAAGAUACUUUCAUAGAAAAGCUAAUCACUCAGGUCAUCAGAAAUCUUCAGUUGACAAUUUCCAACGUCCAUAUUCGAUAUGAGGAUGAUAUCACAAAUAAAGAUCUUCCAUUGUCAUUUGGUGUUUCACUUCAGAAUCUUAGUUUACAGACUUCAGAUGAAAAUUGGAAUCCAUGUAUACAAGAUGCAACAACUAAAUUGUUCCAUAAGCUUGUUCGAUUGGAUAACUUCUUUGCGUACUGGAAUGUGAAGUCUGAAAUGUUUCAUCACAAUAGUUAUAAAGAAUCUUUGAAUGAUUUAAAAUUUGGAAUUGCAAGCAAUGGUAUUAUUCCAGAUGGCUACAGUUUUGUUUUCCGGCCCAUUUCAACUAAAGCAAAGCUCCGUAUGAAUCCUCGAUCUGAUGUUGACUUUUCUUCACCAAAGCUAGAUCUAGAUGUAAAUCUUCAGGAUAUAGCCAUGGAACUUGACAAGCCACAGUAUUUUAGUAUAAUGGAGCUCCUUGAGUCCAUUGAUAUGAUGACCCGAAACUUACCAUACAGGAAGUUUAGACCAGAUGUUCCUGUUCACGGCCAUGCCAAGGAAUGGUGGUUCUAUAUUGUAAAUGGCCUUAUUGAAGUCAAUGUCCAACCCAAACUACAGAUGUGGUCUUGGGAACAUAUUCGUUACCACAGGAAUCAAGUGAGGAGCUAUAAGGACCUAUAUAAAACAAAAAUAACAUCAAAGAAGCCUGUUGAAAUCAAUUUGAUUAUGCUAGAGGAUCUGGAGAAGACAUUGGAUAUAUUCAGCAUUACUCUGGCAAGGCAACAGGCAGAAUUUGAGGCAACUAAAGCUGGACUAAAGAUUUACAGACUAGGAGCUAAACAGGACAAUGAAGAGUCUCAAGGCUGGUUUGGUUGGAUGUGGGACUGGGUUGGAAAGAAGAGCCCUGAACGUGUACAAGAACCAAAAGGUUUUGAAGAUUUGAUGAGUCCAGAAGAAAAAGAUAAGCUCUAUGCAGCAAUUGGUUAUAGUGAAACAGCUGUUGAUCCAACAUUGCCCAAAAUGUACGAAGCUAUGAAACUUCAUGUAAAACUAUUAAGCAUGACAGGAGUAAUAAGGGAAAGCAAGGAAAAGCCUGAACUGAUAAAAAUUGCCUUAAUUGAUCUGCGUACAACAGUAACCCAACGGCCUGGUGCUGAAGCAAUAAGAUUUGAAUCAAGUGUAAGUGCAUUUGAAGUUCAUGGCGUGGCUCAAGGAAAAACAAUACCCUGUUUGCUGUCAUCCCACACAAUCCAUUCAGGACACAGCACAUCACUCUUUACCAUCAUGUUUGAGACCAAUCCAUUAGAUGAGACUGCCAAUCAGAGGCUAAGAAUAGAAUCACAACCUUUGGAAAUAAUAUAUGAUGCAAUGACAGUGAAUAGCGUAGUGGAUUUCUUACGACCUCCGGGUGAUGUUCAUCUAGAGCAGCUGACCACAGCAACUUUAACAAAAUUAGAAGAAUUAGGGGAAAAGACAGCUACAGGUCUAGUGUAUAUUAUAGAAACACAGAAAGUUCUGGACUUAAAAAUAAAUCUAAUGGCUUCCUAUAUCAUUGUACCACAAAAUGGUUUCUAUGACUCAACUUCAAAUAAUUUACUUUUGGAUCUUGGUCAUUUAAAGAUGACUAGUAAAAAUCCAUCUUCCUUGGAAGAACUCAAAGUUGGUGAAAGUGCUCUUGAAGAUAUUAUAUCAAGAGCAUAUGAUAAAUUUGACAUUCAACUCAGCAGCAUACAGCUUCUUUAUAGCAAACAUUAUGAAAGCUGGGAGAAUGCUCGUAGUCUGCGGUCAUCAUCUCAACAUAUUUUGCAGCCUCUGGAUGUUAAAAUGGAAUUCAGCAGAGCUAUGGUUGUAACAGAUAUAAGAAUGCCCAAGUACAAAAUAUUUGGUGAACUACCACUACUGUCAUUCAGCAUCUCAGAUGAGAAAUUGAAAUGUAUUAUGGAACUUAUUGAUAGCAUUCCUAAACCUGAAACUGCUCAAGACACUUCCAUUGCACAACCUUCAAAGGUUCAACUAUCUUCAUUGCUAACAACACCACAAAUGUCAAUCUCUGUACUUCCACUUCUAGAACUCCAUUCAACAACUGGAUCAAGUGAAUCUGAAGAUGAAUUUUAUGAUGCUCCAAGUAGUCCUCUGGAAGACGUGAAAUUUUUUGAAGCCACUCUGGGUUCCUGGGGUAGUAUGGGCAGUGUCCGACGACGGGAAUCUUUGAAGAAUAUGAUUGAUUUUGAACUAAGAUUUGAAAUAUAUGAGGCAUUUCUUCAAGUUUGCCGUUUUGAAGAAGAUGUUGAACAGCCAGUCCUUCGUCUAGAGAUUUUAAAAUUAGGCACUGAGCUUAAGCUAAGGACCUAUGAUAUGUAUGCUACAGUUUAUCUUAGAGAAGUUUGCUUAUUAUGUCCAGAAUACAUGGAUGAUGAAAAUAAGCCAGUUUACAUCAUUUCAACCCUGGAUAAUUUAGUGGAAGAUCUUCUAUCAGUUGAGUUAAUAAAGGCAGAUAUUAAUGCUCCAGACCUGAGUACUACCUAUAAUAAUAUCCUACAGCUGACAAAGGUGAAUUUUUCCUCCAUAGAUAUCCAUUUACACACAGAAGCGCUUCUGAAUACUAUGAAUUUCAUAAGUAAUCUAAUUCCCAGCCAAGAAGCAGCUCCAGUAGAGAUUGUCCAGGAAAAAGAGGAGAAGAAGGAAGUUCUUAAGAAAUUGCCUUCAAAAAAUUCAAAAUACCAAGAUGUUUGUGAUCUCUAUGUUUAUGCUGAACUGUCAUGUUUACGGAUUUUUAUGAGAGAACAAAGACGCAGGAUAGCUGAAAUUUGUGUUGAAGGUCUUGAUAGCCAGGUGAUGAUGAAGAAGGAAACAACUGAAAUAUCAGCUAAGUUAAAGAAUAUAGUCAUUGUGGAUUGUGAUGAGGCUGCUCUGUAUAAAAAGGCUCUCUAUAUUACUGGGCAAGAAGUCUUCAGCUUCAAGAUGGUGACAUACAUGUUUGCCACAGAAGGUGCUUCUUAUGCAAAUGUGAAUGCUGUUGACAGCCGAAUUUAUUUAAUUUUUGGAUGCAUUGAAAUUGUUUUUGUUAACAAAUUUGUUUCUGCUGUUUUGGCUUUCGUAAACAAUUUUCAAACAGCAAAGGAGGCAAUUACUGAGGCCACUGUUCAAGCUGCUGAGAAAGCAGCUACUGGUGUAAUGGAAUUGGCUGAACAGAGUUCCCGAAUGGCACUGGAUAUUAAAAUCAAAGCACCUGUUCUCAUAAUCCCACAAUCCUCAGUAUCUCCUGAUGUUCUGGUGGCGGAUUUUGGUUUGAUCACCAUAAAGAAUGACUUUUUGUUUGUUAAAACAAAACUUCGAUGUAGUGUCCCACCAAUUCUUGACAAUAUACAUGUGAAAUUGAGUGAACUAAAAGUGUACAGAUCAAGUGUUGUGAAUGACUUAUUACAAAAUGAAAUACAACUACUACAGCCGUUAAAUCUUGAAGUUACUAUAGAACGCAAUUUAGCUGCCCUUUGGUAUCAUGAAAUUCCUGACAUUAAAAUAUCUGGACGUCUCAAGCCAAUGAAUCUGAUCCUCAGUCAGAGUGACAUUACUACUAUAUUGAGGACCUUGAAUGAAAAUUUGGGAGAUACUGGUUCUUUACCACCUGAACCAGAGAAAAAGGAUAGUGGAACUGCAAGUACUUCUCAGCAGUCUGGUGGUGGAACAACAGUGCUGACAUCUGCUGUAGUGGAAAUGCAUUCCUCUGUUAAAGUUAAAACCACUCUAAAAUUGGAUUUCCAGGUUGAUUCCCUGACUCUAGUUUUGUACAGUCCAAAUUCCAACCAGCUUCCUGUUCAGGAUGAAAGAGAUGAUAGUUUGAAACUUGCAGAAUGUAAAUUGUUGCUAAUAUCAGCUGCAGUCAAAAUGUUAUCAGAUGAUUCAAUGGGUGCCUCAGUCAGGUUAAACAACUGCACUUUAGAUGAUAAACGACAGGCCGUCCAAAAAGCUACACCCAGAAUGGUAGAAAUGAAACAUGGAUCUAACAAAAAGGUUAUGGUGGAAAUAAGUUACAAGCAAGCAAGAGAUGGCACCACCGUUCUUGACACAGUUGUUCAGGAUACGUAUCUUUGUGCUAGCAUAGAGUUUCUACUUACUAUAGCAGAUGUUUUUCUGAAAGCUACUGCUGAAAGUGCUGCUGCCCAGCAAAGCUUUUUUCAGGCUUCGGGUGUAAAGGAACAAGUUCCUGUGCAGGCAGAAUCCACUAUGGGAAUAAAUGUUGUAGUUAAAAAUUCCGAGAUUGUAUUUGUGGCGGAUUUGACAAGAAGUGAUGCUCCUGCAUUGGUGACUACAGCACAGUGUGAGAUCUCCAUGAAGUAUGGUCCCAACCUGUAUAAAAUGACAGCUGCUGUUAAAGAUAUAAAUGCGAAGGCCUGCCCAUUUCUUCCAGAUAUGAGAAAAGGCAAUAUUACUACGAUAUUGCAGCCCUGUGACUUUUUCUUUGAAAUGAUACAAAUAGGAGAACAACCCCAGAAAGCCGAUCUCUCUGUUAAAUCCAUAACAAUUAAGGUGUCACCUGUUAUCUUGAAUACAGUCAUGACCAUUACAUCAGCAUUUUUCCCAGCAGCAGAGACGGCAGAGAAGGAUGUUAGCCCAGUUCCACCAGAUCUUUGGGAGAAGAAGGAUAUUAAAAAAUUAAAUUUGUGGUUUCUUGAAGAAUCAAGUGAAAAUAAAGAUACUGUUUCUGAAACUGAAUUGAUUCCUAAUGGCGAGACUUUGAAAAUGAAAAUCGAGACUUUGGUUGUAACUCUUGAAGCUGGAGUUGGUCACAGAACUGUGCCAAUGCUCUUAGCAAAGUCUUCAUUUUCUGGAGACGUCAAAGAUUGGAGUAGUCUAAUUAAUCUCUCUUCUCGUCUUGAACUAGAGGUACAUUAUUAUAAUGAAAUAUUUGGUGUUUGGGAGCCAUUGCUUGAACCACUGGAAAUUGAUAACAGUGAUGAAUUCCGACCAUGGGUUCUAGAACUGAAGAUGAAAAACAAAGCCAAAAAAGCUUUAGUUGAUUCAGUUGCUGAAGAGGAACACUACAAAGUGCCAGAAUACAAAACAGUAAUAACUAUUUACUCUCAAGAUCAGUUAAACCUUACACUAUCCAAAUGUGGGCUACUAAUGUUGAGUAACUUGGGCACAGCAUUUGCAGAGGCAGCCACACAGACUUCUGAAGACUUCAAAAAAGAUCAGGUCCCCUUUGUACUAAAGAAUUCCUUAGGAGUCUCCAUCAGUGUCUUACCAAGUGAUUCAUUCAGUGUCCUAAAUAUUGAACCAAAGGGGAAUUCAUUUUAUCUAGAAGAUGGACAAAAUCUAAGUAUGGAGUAUAUCAGAACUAAACGUGAUCAAGACCAGUUCACAGCGAUGACUACCCUGAGCGGCAAACUAUUUUACAUUUGGCUCACUCCCGAGAAUCAUUCUACAACUGACAAGAUUCCACUGACAAAAGUGGGACGAAGUCUUUACAGAGUAAGACACAACGACUCCGGUGUUGUACGGUCGAUUGUUUGUCAAAUUGAUACCAUUGAAGGGAGCAAGAUGAUAACAGUACGCUCACCCAUUCAAAUAAAGAAUCAUUUUACAAUUCCCUUGAGUGUUUUUGAAAAUGGAAAAUGUUUAGGAGUGGCAUUACCAGAAGAUGAAUUUAGCAUACCAUUGACCUCUUACAGAUCGCUAUUGUUUUUUAAACCAGUGGUGGAUGAACAUGUCAUUUCUGGAGAGUACUCAUCAAGUGAUGGAAUUAGUUUUGAUGAAAUGAUUAAGAAUUUCGGCAAAUCGUUGCAGAAAAAAUGCCUGCCUGUAAAAUCAUCUAAUCAUCCACUUUUCAUCAAUAUUGUUCCAAUGCAAGAUACUUUGACGUGUUCUGCUUGUACAGGAGAUCAGUGGGAUUUGCCUUAUGUUGUUCAUUUGUGGCCUUCGGUUCUACUCCGCAAUCUUCUUCCUUAUCAUAUCAUUUAUUCCUUAGAGGGGGAUAGUAUGUCAUGCAACACUCUGGAAGAUGGAUGUUCAGCUCAGAUUCAUAAUGCAGUGUUGGAUGAGACCAAGCUGGACUUGCAAUUACUGAAUUAUCUAGAUAAAAAUUGGACUGCAGAGUACCCAAUCCAAACAGAUCAGGAAGAAAUUGGUUUCAUCACAUUCUCCUGCACUACGGACCUCGAUAACUUAGAAUUGGAUAUUGCUGUGCAUGUAACAUAUGCCACAGGACAAGUGAUUGUAGCGAUUCACAGUCCAUAUUGGAUGGUAAAUAAGACUGGUCGAAUGCUACAGUAUAAAGCUGAUGGUAUUCACCGAAAACAUCCACCUGAAUAUAAAAUGCCACUUCUUUUUUCUUUCCAACCUAAAUAUUUUUACAAUGAAAAUAAGGUUCAGCUCAUGGUGACAGACAGUGAUCUUUCUGAUCACUUUUCUCUGGAUACAGUCGGCAGUCAUGGUUUUGUUAAAUGUAAAGGGGCCAAAAAGGUCUACCAAGUUGGUGUCACUAUAAACAACAGCAGCUUUAAUCUCACUAGAAUAGUGACCUUCACUCCUUUUUUUAUGAUCACAAACAGAAGUGCACUUACAUUAGAAAUAGCUGAAGAAGGCAAUGAAACAUGGGUACCAAUACAUUUACAGCAGUGUAUUCCUUUUUGGCCUGAAAAGAAUGAAAGAAAAUUUCGUGUUAAAGUAGAGAAUUCUGAUCUUCCACCCAAAAUUAUCCAGUAUGAUAAGCAAGAAAAUAGUUUGCUGCUGCACUUAAACAACACACUUGGAGGUAUUAUUGUGGAUAUUACACCAGCAGAGCAUUCAACAACAAUUACAUUUUCUGAUUACCAUGAUGGCGCAGCACCAUUCCUGAUAAUUAAUCAUACCAAAGAAGAAAUGAUUGAAUACGGGCAAAGCUCACACUGUGUAAUGGAAGAUGUUUUAGAACCAAAUAAAGGAAUGCUUUACACAUGGGCUGACCCAGUAGGCUCUAGAAAAUUGAAAUGGAAAUGUGGAAAAAACAGUGGAGAAAUAACACAGAAAGAUGAUUUAAUGACACCUAUCCAAGUGGGAAACAAACAAAUAUAUUUAGUUUCAUUUUUUGAAGGAUUGCAGCGUAUUAUCCUAUUCACUGAAGAUGAAAAGGUUUUCAAAGUGACAUAUGAAAGUGAAAAAGUUGAAUUAGCAGAACAAGAAAUCAUUAUCUCCUUACAAGAUGUUGGCAUCUCUUUAGUAGAUAACUAUUUCAAGCAGGAAAUAGUUUAUAUUGGAAUCACAAGUUCGGAUGUAAUUUGGGAGGCAAAACCCAAGAAGAAGUCAAGAUGGAGACCACUGAGUUUGAAGCAAACUGAAAAGCUGGAGAAAGAAUUUAAUGAAUACUGUGAUCACUCACCGACAGAUGAUAAAAUAGUGGAUCUAGAUGAUAACAUCCCGGUCUGCUUGACUCCCACUGGUAAUAACAUGAAAAUACUACAGCCAUCAGAAAUCCCAGUGCGAAGAAGUUUUUUACCAGCUUUAAAAGUACAAUAUAGUACAUCUGAACACCAAUCGUCCUUCAGAGUCCAGAUAUAUAGAAUACAGAUACAAAACCAGAUUCCUGGAGCCAUAUUUCCCUUUGUGUUCUAUCCUAUUAAACCUCCCAAGUCCAUCUCCUUGGAUUCAGAACCUAAACCAUUUACUGAUGUCAGUAUUGUCAUAAGAACUGCAGGACAUUCUCAGAUAUCACGUAUAAAAUAUUUUAAAGUCUUAAUUCAAGAAAUGGAUCUCCGCUUGGAUCUUGGCUUCCUUAAUGCUUUGGCUGAUUUUUUUACACUUGCUGAUGAGGUACCCAAAGACCAAGAGAUAGAACUUUUCAAAAAGGAUGUAGAAUAUGUGCAGGAAGAACUGAAAAAUGUGUCAUCAACUGAUACAUCACAAAUCAGUUUAUAUGAGUAUUUUCAUAUAUCUCCAAUUAAGUUACAUUUAAGUUUUUCACUCAGCACUGGGGGAGAAGAUAGCAACAAGGAAGAAAAACGUAAGGAGCUGAUUCCAGUUCAGUCUGUAAAUCUGUUGUUAAAGAGUAUUGGAGCAACACUCACAGAUGUUCAGGAUGUUGUCCUUAAGUUGGCAUUCUUUGAGCUCAACUACCACUUCUGUACUACAGAGCAACUGCAGUGGGCAGUUAUUAUGCAUUAUUCAAAGCAGGCUAUAAAACAAAUGUAUGUUCUUAUUCUUGGACUGGAUGUUUUGGGCAAUCCAUUUGGAUUCAUACGAGAUUUGUCAGAAGGAGUUGAGGCCUUCUUCUAUGAACCUUAUCAUGGAGCAAUCCAAGGUCCAGAAGAGUUUGUUGAGGGAAUGGCACUAGGACUUAAAGCCUUAGUUGGUGGUGCUGUUGGUGGAUUAGCUGGUGCUGCGUCAAGAAUAACUGGUGCUAUGGCUAAAGGAGUGGCGGCCAUAACUAUGGAUGAAGAUUAUCAACAGAAACGGCGAGAAGUCAUGAAUAGGCAACCUAGUGGUAUUAAAGAGGGCCUUACUCGUGGAGGAAAAGGCCUAGUAUCUGGUUUUGUUAGUGGAAUAACAGGAAUAGUGACAAAACCAAUAAGAGGUGCUCAGAAAGAAGGAGCAGCAGGCUUCUUCAAAGGCGUUGGAAAAGGUUUAGUAGGAGCAGUGGCAAGACCCACCGGAGGAAUAAUAGAUAUGGCAAGCAGCACUUUUCAGGGAAUUAAAAGAGCAACACAUGCAUCUGAUGAUAUCACAAGCCUGCGUCCCCCCCGCUUCUUCAGUGAGGAUGGAGUUAUUCGGCCCUAUCGAUUAAGAGAUGGCACUGGAAGUCAGAUGUUACAGAACAUUGAAAAUGGAAGAUUUGGAAAACUAAGAUAUUUUGCACAUGCAAUGGUUAAUAAUACAGAUUUGCUAAUGUUAACAAAAAGUGGUGUAUUGUUUGUGACAAGAGGUACAUUUGGACAGUUAACAUGUGAAUGGCAAUAUACAUAUGAUGAAUUUACCAAGGAGCCAUUCAUUGUUGAUGGACGGAGGUUGCGCAUUGAAGCAAAGGAACGUGUAAAGUCUGUGUUCCAUGCCAAAGAGUUUGGGAAAAUAAUUAAUUUUAAAACACCAAAUGAUGCCAAGUGGAUUCUCUCAAAACUGGAAGAAGCGAGGGAGAGCCGAUCAAAUGUAUGACUUUUGGUGUAACAUUUCCAAAAUGGACAAAACAAAGGCUGCAUAGUUCAGGCCCCUUGACAUUUGAUCGCAGCUUGGCAUGUUGCACUAAUGGCAUAUGAAGAUAAUGUGACUGUGAUUAUUCACAUAGAUUGAUUUUGACUCAAAAAUCUGCAGUAAUUGGUGUUGAGCAAAGCAUUCUGCCAAUGAGAAUCUCUGCCAAAUCGUGGCUUAUUGAUGCAUUAUAUAAAUAAUAAUAAUAAAUCAAUAAUUUUUAAAGUUUUUUUUCUGUUUUGUCAUAUAGUCUGCAAGGACUAAUGCCUAGAGCAGUCUUAAUGAUGUUAUGUAACCAUCAGGAUCCCCUUUCUCACUUUUAAUCUGAGUUUUCUUUCUUCUGUCAGCAUUUAGAGAAAUUUUAAUUUAAUAGGUUACAAAUUGCAUCACAUACUAAUAUUUCACUAAAAUCCAGUUUAAUUAUUCAGGGAACAACUGAUUUAACCAGCACUGCUCUUAUAUUAUGAAUGACCUGCUGACCAGUUUAUUCAAGAAAAGCCUUUUUAUUUACUAAUAUGUAUAAAUCAUGAGGUUACUUAGUUUUUUUAUACAAAUAACCAGUUUGUGGUACUGUAAUAUCAUUUUUAAAAUUCACUUUUUUAUACAAUGCAAAAUUACACAACAUGUUCUGGUGCCUCAUGAGUAGAUGUACACAGAAAAAUAAGAAUUUAUUGAAAAGAGAUCAUAUAAGUAAGGCUGUGUAUUUACAAUUUGCUUUGAAUGGCAUGGCCUUUACUUUUAACACUAAUUAGAAGUCACAAAAAAGCCUUGUACAGCAGCUUAUAUUGAAAUAGUAUUUCAUGCAGACUGUCUUUUGGUUUGUAUAAUAUUUUGAGCAAAGAAUUAUAGAUUCUUUCACCAUACUGAAUGCAUCAUUUCUAAUUUUUAAAAAAACACAAUAAUUUGGAGAAUUUUCAUUAUCGUCUGCCUUAUCAUUUAAAUUCAAAACAAUUCUUAACAUUUUUCCAUUAAAAUGUAGAAUAGGCCUGAAUGGUGAAAUAUUACAUUGACAUUUGUGUGGAAGGCCAUGCAAUAAUGUCUACAAACACUUCAUGAAAGAGAAAAGGAAUGCAAGUGUAUAAGUGUAUUACCUAAGUGAAAUUUGAAUAGUUUGAUGCAUGUAGUAAAUGCCUGCUGCCAGAAUAUUCUUCCUAAACUGCCGUUUGGAGGAUUAUGGUGAAGGAGAUUAGUCCUUGCUGAUGGUGCUUAAGCUACCCAAACUGUAGCUUUGUUGUAAAAGCUAAAUAAAGUAAAUGGCAUGCCAAAUGUAAUUGUAUGUAUUUAUAUAAAGUCAUGCUUGCUCCAUUAUGUAACUACCGGUGAUGGUUACAAUAACACAUUGCAGUCAUCCCCAUAAUAUUUUAUUCUUUGAUAUACCAAAUGUAAUUUUUUUUUAAAAUCCCCAAAACGCCAAAGGAUGAAUUGUAUGGUGUCUCAAGAAUAUGAAAGCUGUCCUGAUUCAUUGAUUUAACUAGCACUUUCAUCAGAUUUGCACAUAUGCAUUUGCAUCUUCAACUGUAGCAUUAGCUGCAGGCAACAUAUAUUGAAACUUCUAAAUGUAUACAAUAAAUAUUUCAAUGGCUCAUA